AUGGCAGUCUCAGACCCUCAGCCCGACUUCCAUCCGUGGAACUUCCAGGCCUCAGCCUUCAACAUCAUCCAUGGAGAGAUCGUGGCGGUGACGAGUGCGAUGAGACGGAAUUCGAGGUGGGCCGGGAGCAGCAUUUCGCCGUUCGUCCCGCUGGCCAACCAUGCCGAUCGCGCCGCCGGAUCAAGCGCCGUGAUCGGACUAAGAAACCUCAAGACCGGCCCCGAAGAACCAGCCAAUAAUAGCAACGGUGGUGGAAGCAGCAGCAGUACGAACCAGAACGCAUUGGCCAGCUCCAACUAUUCUCACGUCCGAGGCGGAUUGAUGGCCGGAUUUGCGACGCUGAUCAUGGAACUGAGGGAGUGUCAAGACAUUUCACAACUAGAUGCGCUGACUCUACUGAGUCCGUUCCUCGCGGUUAUCCGCUCGAACGAGACCAACGGACCGAUCACCGCCCUAGCGCUGUCGUCGAUCGACAAGUUCCUGACCUACUCCUUCAUCCAUCCCCAUUCCUCGUCCCUGCCCAUCGCCAUGUCCCAGAUCAGUGCUGCCGGAACCCACUGUCGCUUCGAGGCCAGCGAUAGUCUCAGCGACGAGAUCGUCCUACUCAAAAUCUUGGACGUCCUCGAACAUGCGCUCACCGGCCCGGUCGGAUACACUCUGACCGAUGGAGCGGUGUGUCAGAUGAUGGAGACCGGAUUGAGCAUGUGCUGUCAGAUGAGACUUAGCGAGAUGCUUCGCCGGUCUGCCGAGCGGACCAUGCAAGUCAUGGUGUCUGCAAUCUUUGGACGGCUCAAGAACCUCGAUCCGUCCGUCGAUGACUUUGUCCCAGAUGAUGAUACCGACGAGGAAGACGGGCUCAAGGAACGACUGCGAAUGUUAACCCCCGAUCCUCGCAGCGGCUCCAUCCCAGCCGCCUCAUCGCUCGCCAGCAAGGAGCGCGAACGCAGUCAGAGUCUCUCUCAAAAGGCCCCGCCCAGCCUUCCAGAAGAACACUCGAAACCUGAAGAGCCCCAAGCCGAUGACGAGAAACAGGCCCUACUCGAGCCUGCUGAAGAGCCCACGCCUGAGCCCAUCGUGAAUGGAUCGUCGACCGAAGAGGAAGAUCUGAAUGAAGAUGCAACCGAGGAUCUGGAACCGCAUGGAUUGCCCUCGAUAAAAGAGCUCAUCCGGGUGCUCAUCUCCCUCUUGGAUCCCUACGACCCACAGCAUACUGACACUAUGCGAUUGACGGCACUCAACAUACUCAUUACUGUCUUCGAAGUGGCUGGGAAAGACGUCGGUCGGUUCCGCAGCUUGAGGGCCAUGGUCUCCGACGACCUGUGUAAAAAUCUCUUUCAGCUGGUCCGAUCCGAGAACAUCAGCAUUCUAUCGACCUCUCUACGUUGUAUGACCAACCUCCUCGACACCAUGCGACCCUACCUGAAGAUCCAUCUCGAACUACUAUUAUCGUAUCUCAUGGACAGACUGCGUCCUCAUCCCACCCUGACCAUUCAUAAACUUACCAAUGGCCACACGGGUACGACGGCCGAAUUCGAAGAACAGCUCGACAAGAUCACCUGGAGGCACCACGACGGGAUCGACGGAAUCCCCCAGCCAACUGCCACCGGCACCUCCGCACCCAACUCUUCGCGCAAUCAUACGAUAGCAGCCCGGCAAGCAAUGGUGGCUACCGGCGAAGCAAGACAGUUGAUGCUCGAAUAUCUUGCGUAUUUCUCCCGAGUGCCUGAUUUCAUGGCCAACCUCUGGGUGAAUUUCGACUGUAACGUCGAUUGUGAAGACAAUUUCGAGCGACUGAUCCGAUUCCUUGCCAGAGGAAUCUAUCCACUAAAUCCAGCAUACUCCCAAUCGCAAGAAGGAUCGCAAGUGUUAUGUCUGGAUACAUUGCUGGCCUUCGUAGGCCACAUGAUCGACCGACUGGAGUCUUCGGUCCAGCCGUCAGUCGACGUGCCCGCGCCGGUGCUCUUAGCCAGAGACAAGGAGGGCAAACGUGCCUUACUCGAAGGUGCGGCCAAGUUCAACCAGAAACCGAAGGAAGGCCUCAAGUUCUUGGAAGCCAAGGGAAUCAUCUACGACGACCCGACCCUGCCUCGGCCCCAAAGCCUCGCCUUCUUCUUCAAAACCUGCCCCCGAUUGGAUAAGAAACUCCUCGGGGAGUACAUCUCAAGGCCGGAAAACCUCGAGGUUUUGAAGGCCUUCAUGACUCUCUUCGAUUUCCGCGGCAAAUUGAUCUCCGAUUGCCUUCGAGAGCUUCUGGAAACUUUCCGUCUGCCUGGAGAAUCUCAGCAGAUUGCACGAAUCACGGAAGUGUUUGCCGCCGUCUAUGUGGCUGCUGGAGCGCAUGAUGUCAAAACUGAAGACGCGGCAUAUGUAUUGUCUUACUCUGUCAUCAUGCUUAAUACCGAUCAACACAACCCCCAGAACCGCAAAAAGAUGGCCUUGGAGGACUACAAACGAAACCUUCGGGGUGUCAAUGAUGGUGAGGACUUUAGUCCAGAAUAUCUGAAAGCUAUCUUUGACUCAAUUAGGAAACGAGAAAUCGUCAUGCCCGAAGAACAUUCCGGCCAGCUCGGCUUCGAGUAUGCUUGGAAGGAGCUCCAACGUCGAUCCAAAAAAGCAGGAACAUUUAUCACAUGUAAUACGAAUAUUUUCGACAAGGCGAUGUUCGAGGUCUCGUGGAAGCCAAUCGUCUCCUCCUUAUCAUACGCCUUCACCCAUUUCAACGAUGACUUCAUGCUGCAAAGGAUUGUUGCCGGCUUCCAGCAAUGCGCCACCCUGGCCAGUCGAUUCAGUUUACCGGAGGUGUUUGACGAAACGAUUGCAGCCUUGGCUCGGAUCACCGAUCUGAUUCACCAGCCGUCGCACGAAGUGAAUUUCCCGACGAUCCCCGCGGACGGCCAAACCCUAACCAUCAGUCCACUUUCGAUCCGAUUCGGAAAGAACUUCAAGGCCCAACUGGCCGCCGUGGUCCUUUUUACGGUGGCUAGUACCGACGGAAAUGCUAUCAGGAGGGGAUGGCUGUAUAUCUUUGAGAUCAUGCAAAGCUUAUUCGCCCAUUCCAUCCUCCCCAACGAGCUUCUUCUCUUGCCAGAUUUCGCCAACGUCGGUACGAUUCCUAUCCGGCCCCUGAAAUCACCCGCCCAGCCCCCAGAACGAAGAGCGGAUGCAGGGUUACUCUCCACUCUGUCUUCUUAUCUCUUGUCGCCUUAUGUUGGACCUUCCGAUGGGAUUGGACGGGAGAUUACCAAUGAUGACGUUGAGUCGACCCUUUGCGCGAUCGACUGCUUGGCCUCUUGCCAUUUCGCGGAGGUAUACAAUGGUAUCUUCACGAUGGAUGUCGAAUUAAGAUACAAUGUGCUGAAGAUUUUGGCAGAGCUUGCCGACGGCCAAGUAGCUAAAGCUACCCGAGCGCGAGGGGCCAAUGUGGAUCACCCCUCUCCCCCCUCAUCGCCGCAAUGGUCACGAUCGCAGGCAUACUACGAUCCAAGCGCAUUAUUCCUACUAGAGCUGAUCAUUUCGGUAGCUACCCACGAACCGGAUGCGCUGAGCAAAUUAUGGACCCCCGCCUUCGAGUGCAUCUCCAAGAUUCUGGCCAACUCAGUCAUGUUGAGUCAGUUGCUCGUCGAGCGUGCCAUCGCUGGUUUGCUCCGUCUCCAGUCGAUCGCUGUCGAGCAGGAAUGCCUCCGCGAUCAGUUCUUCUUGGCUUUAGACGUCUUCCGAUCCCUGCCUCAGGCCAUCCUCAACUCCGUUGCUCAGCCUAUGAUUCACGGAGUCUGUCAGAUUGCAUAUGGGAACCCGCAGGUGUUCAGAACGUCGACCCAGUGGAACAUGCUGUUCUCGAUUUUCACAGCUACAGCUGGUAUCGAAGAAGCUGCCAAGGAGUCCUUCCAAGUACUCAACAAACUAGCUUCUGGCGAACUACCUCCUGGAAUCGUCGCCGAGAACUUUGCCCCAUUCAUCUCGGCAUUGAAUUCCUUUGCCAGCGUGUGUGGGCAAGAUGGCUCGUCGAGGUUUCCGGCUCAGAAUGUGUCCAACAGGACGGAUGGGCAGGUGGUUCAGAGGGCAUUAGAAGCAGUCGGAAUGAUUCAAAAUGCACAAGAAAUGAUACCUGGGAUGCUAGCCAAGGCGCAAUCGGACCCAUCUCGACCGUGGGCGUCGUUUUGGAUGCCGGUCUUGCUAGCCUAUGGUCAGCAGAGUAUCAACGGAAAUCGGGAGGUCCGCCAGCAAGCGCUUGCCAACUUACAACGAUCGCUGAUGGCUCCGGAGAUCCUGUCGAACGGGAACGUCGACUUGACGAUCAUCUUCGAGCGCGUCCUUUUCCCCGUCCUCGAGGAACUCUUGAAGCCUCAGGUCUUCAGGAGAGAUCCCGACGGGAUGGGGGAAACUCGUCUUCGAGCUUCCGGUCUGCUCUGCAAGAUCUUUCUCCACUACUUGGUCCAACUGAGUCAGCAGGGUAUGGCUAGGAUGACCGAGCUGUGGUUGCAAAUUCUUGGCUUCUUGGAUCGAUUCAUGCAUAGUGGUAGGAGAGACCAAAUGUACGAGGCCGUACCUGAGAACUUGAAGAACGUGUUACUAGUCAUGCACGCCUCUGGCUUCUUAAUCCCGCCGCACGAGAAUCCGUCUCCUGAAGAGAGUCAUCUAUGGAACGCGACCUUUGAGCGGAUUGACCCGGUCCUGAACACGUUGAAGACCGACCUAUUUCCUCCACCUGCCAUGGCGGCGACGAUACCGGCGGCUUCGACCGUCAAUAACAGUCCGGCCUCUACUCCUGCCCAAUCUAAUGCUAACAACCUCCCUCCUGGCUCCGAGCCUCCCUCUCUCCCCGAAAAGCAUCCCUCUGGCCUUCCUGAUCCUCUCGCUCCUAGCUCAGAAGAUUAG